AUGGUGAGUGUGGCUAGACUGGUGUUUAUGCUGGGGCUGCUGCUGUGUCUGGGAGCCCAGCUGUCUUCCUCCCAGCACUGGUCCCAUGGCUGGUACCCUGGAGGCAAGAGGGAGCUGGACUCAUUUCCCACCUCUGAGAUUUCAGACGAGAUUAAACUCUGUGAGGCAGGAGAAUGCAGCUACCUGAGACCCCAGCGAAGGAACAUCCUUAAAAACGUUAUUUUGGAUGCCCUGGCCAGAGAAUUUCAGAAGCGAAAAUAA